UUGAUAUUCUUGACAAAGGACCCGAUGAUUUACUCGAUUAUCUAAUAAAAGAUAUAUGUCUCGAUAUUAACGGUUCUGUUGAUCUUGAAAAUAAGGUACUCCCUGCAUUAGACCACUUAACUAAAAGAUAUAAGUCAGCAAGUGACAUCCCACCCACAGAUUUUCAAGAAGACCUAGUAGUUGUAAACAAACAGUUUUUGGAACUUUUAAAUCUUGGCUUUCUAGACCCGAGUGUUCUUAGCCAUGAUUCAAAAGCUGAUCCUCAUCAAAAAAAUCUUUCAGAGGAUGGCAAAAAGAUCCUAAACAGAUGCAAACUAGCCAUCGGCCUUAUGUCAAAGUUCUGCAGCCUUGAGAACAUCCACGGCCUUGAGCUUGUAUUCUCGAAAACUCUCCAUGAUACCAUUGCCAAUGACUUUAGAUUACUGGGUAUAGAGGAUGCUUGCCUGAAGGAGCUUGUCCAAGACAAGACAGACAGCGUUUUCAGGUCACUGAAGACGAUAAGUGAGCUUCUGCAAACCUGGAUUGCUGUCGAGAAUACAAACAGAAUCAAAAACAUUCAGUUCAUGGCACCAACGUCUGAUGUUAAGCCACAGUCAGAAGAACGUUGGUAUUCAGGUAUAGUUAGAUGGUGGCAAGGCCAACCUGAGGCAGAGGCAAAACCAGCUGCGACACUAGGCCAGG